AGAGAGUCCAGGCCCAAAUAAAGACAUGGGGGCCGGGGCUGGGAUGGGCCCCCUUUUGCUAUAAAUACGCUGGCCGCCUGGAGGCUCGGGUUUGGUGGUUGGGGCUUGGGACCGGCGACCACCACUGCUGCAGCGGCCUUCCUCAGGGGAUUCUCCUCGACAUACUCAUCCUCCUCAUCCUGGUCAUCACUGUUCUGGACAGCCAGGAUGCCUCGCGUGGACGCAGACCUGAAGCUGGACUUUAAGGAUGUCCUCUUCAGACCCAAGAGGAGCAGCCUUAAGAGUCGCUCAGAGGUGGACCUUCAGAGGACCUUCACAUUCCGCAACUCCAAACAGACCUACACAGGCAUCCCUAUCAUCGCUGCCAACAUGGACACUACAGGAACGUUUGAGAUGGCACAGGUCCUCAGCAAACACACCCUCUUCACAGCCAUUCAUAAACACUACUCUGUAGAAGACUGGAAAAACUUUGCUGCUAAACACCCAGAAUGUUUAGAGCAUGUAGCAGCCAGCUCAGGUAGCGGCAAUGCAGAUCUGGAGAGGCUGUGUGCCAUCUUGGAGGCCGUCCCUGCCCUGAAGUACAUCUGUCUGGAUGUGGCCAACGGAUACUCAGAGUACUUUGUGGAGUUUGUAAAGACAGUCAGAGAAAAGUUCCCUAAACACACCAUCAUGGCUGGUAAUGUGGUAACUGGGGAGAUGGUAGAGGAGCUGAUCCUCACUGGUGCCGACAUCAUUAAAGUGGGCAUCGGGCCAGGGUCCGUGUGUACGACAAGAAUCAAGACAGGAGUGGGUUACCCACAACUCAGCGCUGUGAUAGAGUGUGCUGACUCAGCCCAUGGACUCAAAGGACACAUUAUCUCAGACGGUGGCUGCAGUUGCCCAGGAGAUGUAGCAAAGGCCUUUGGCGCGGGGGCUGACUUCGUCAUGAUGGGAGGAAUGCUUGCAGGUCACGAUCAGUGCACUGGGGAGGUCAUCGAAAAGAAUGGCAAGAAAUACAAACUCUUCUAUGGCAUGAGCUCUGACACAGCCAUGAAGAAAUAUGUGGGUGGUGUUGCUGAGUACAGGGCAUCUGAGGGCAGGACAGUGGAGGUUCCAUAUAGAGGAGACGUGGAGAACACCGUCCGUGACGUGUUGGGAGGCCUCCGCUCCACUUGCACCUACGUAGGCGCUGCCAAGCUGAAAGAGCUGAGCAGGAGAACCACCUUCAUCCGAGUCACACAGCAGUCCAGCCAAAUGUUCACUUAGCAGGACUUGUUGAUUUUCCACACAGGCUGCAUGACAUGCAUUGUAUAAUGCAGAGUUCAAAUGUGCAAGAGUAGGAGUGGAAUUAUGAAGGAUGAAAACACCCCCACAGAGACACCUCAGUGUGAGCACCCAGCCUGUUUCUCUCAGGAUAUCUGCUGUCAGAAAGCUGUUUAUCUCUCCUGCAGGUUUUGUUAAAGGUUUGACUUGAAACAUUUCCCCAAAGAAAUCACAGCACUCUUUAUUGACUCCGUCCUACAGUGAGUGAGAAUACACGAUUACAGAUGUUCACAUAGAGAUGAACAAGAAUGCUGCUGAAGAACUGCAUGUAAAAACAUACUGCAGGAGGAUGAGGAUACUCGUGCUAUGGUCAUUUGGGGAAAAAUGCAGAGCUGUGUAUUUGAAUGAAUGUGCAAAUGAAUAUGCAAGAACCAGAGACAGCAAACCUGUAACUGUUCCUGGAGAAAUCAUGUUGCAAUAAAGUGCAUGCAGGACCCCCUGCUAUUCUCCUUA